GUGCGUGACAUAAAGCAGUCGAAGCGUUUGAGGCCGCACAAUAUACGCAGAAUACAGUUUUUACGCAGAUUUCCUCCAGAACCGCCGCGACACGAUGAACAACAAAGGUUCCUAUCCACAGCAGACGGUGUACCCUCAGCAGAGCACCGCUCCUGCUUACCCUCCUGCUAUGCAAAUGUCUCCUCAGGCUCCUCCUUACACAGAUGCUCCACCUGCGUAUACAGAUAUAUACCAGCCCAGAUAUGUGCUUCCCCCGCAGGUGCCUGGACAGGCCACCAUGUCCUCUCCGUACGCUGGAGCUCAGAUGUUCAUGCCUCUGCAGCAGCCCAUGGGUGUGGGGCACAUGGGGCAGAAUGUGCCCAUGGCCUAUUACCCCAUAGGAGCAUUGUACCCCCCUGGCUCCACUGUAAUGGUGGAAGGGGGCUAUGAUGCAGGGGCGCGCUUUGGUGCAGGCAGCAGUGCUUCUAUCCCACCACCACCUCCCGGACACCCCCCCAAUGCCGCACAGCUGGCCGCGAUGCAGGGGGCAAACGUGGUCAUGGCACAGCGCAAGAAUAACUUCUUCUUGGGCGGUUCCAGUGGAGGAUACACCAUCUGGUAACAGCAGCUCUGCCCCAUGUCCCAACGCCCCAGUUCUUCCUGUAUCGUUUAUGGUCAAGGCUGCUUGUUCAUGCCACAACACUGAGUUCACAUAAGGAAUGUACUAUAAGCCCAUGUAAAAGGUACAGUACUCCACUUCACUACAAAGAACAAGAACCGAAAUAAGGCCUAUAGAAACCAGUGUGAAGUAAAGCGACUCCUGCAUUCUGUACAUGUGAUAAAAUGUUUGUAUAUCCAAUAGCAUUACAUGUGUUAGUACUUAGCUGCUUUCAAUACAGUCUAAAUGCAUCUACAAAAUGAAACAUACACUCUUAGAAAAUGACUGUAAUUUUUCGAAUUUUAGUUUAGUGCAAUACUAGCUGUGAAGUGGUAAGUGUAAGUACUAAUGGGAAGUAUAGAUCGAACUAUAAAAAUCUGUAUCAUUAAGUGUCAAUGAUGUUUGUACAAGACCCAAUUACAAUAAAAAUGUUGUUAUCAAGUUCCAUUUUAAUGAAAAGAUUCGUGCAACAUCCAUAGUGGUCUACUGUACCUUGAUGGGCAAUUUUAAAUUAAUGUAUUCAAGUGCCAAAGAGCACCGGGGACAACCCUAAUCUAAGCAAAUUAGCUUUAGGAAAGACACUUUGCUAAAUCUAACUAGUUUGUUGAAUAUAUUGGAGUGGUUGGUUUAACAUUAUUGCUUUUCAUCUUUCUAUUUGAUAGUCGGAUACCCAGAGGUUUUUGGGUUUUUUUUUUUCAUAUUAUUGUUUUUUUAAAUUUUUUGAUAAACUGGAAAUUCCACUUCCAGUUGUAAUACUUAUUUAUUUCUAGUAUUUUUUGUAAUGAGCAUGUUUUUAAUGUCAGGUAACUUUGUUGCACUUUUGUCUCAUUUUCCAUAAUUUUGAGGGUGUGGUUGGUGAAUUUAAAUUUACGCCAAAAACAAUGCACUACAAAAAAGGACUUUUUACAUGAUGUUAAAUGACUUGAAUUCAGAAUGUUAAUCUUUCAUUUUAACCAUUUGGAAUUUAUUUACUUAAGCUUAAAGGAUAAAAUAUGUUAAACAUGUCAGUGAAUGGGGUAAAAAAUGCACAGUGCAUUUACAAGGAAUGAUAAUAAAAUGUUAAAACUAACUAGUCAGAUGCUAUGAAGUAAAUACAAUAACCUAAUAUAUCAAUAAAUUGUGAUAACUACUAUAAAAUAUGAUUAAAAGUCUGAUUCAAGCCAUUUUAAAAGGUCACCUGUGUGUCUCCAUGUAAAUGUUAUAGUUUUUCCUGGAAUUUUCCACAGUAUGUAUUUUAACACAUUUAUCUUACAUUUAUUAUUUCAGUUACAGGUGUUACUACAUAAAUAUACCUUGAAAACCAUUCAUUCCUACAGUGAGAGAUUUAUUCUCCAUGGAUCUGACCUGUAACUGGUGAAGCCUGGUGGCAUGGGUGUAAGCUUCAAAUUCUGGACCCUGGGUACUCAUUAUUUUGGUGGGCCCACACUACAUUUUGUCUUAUGAAAAAUGCACAUUACAGGCUUUGUGAAGGGCCCCUUCUUGCAUUGGGCCCUGCGUUAUCAGUACUCUCCAGUCUGACGCACCUGCCUGGUGAUCUCACUUGGUUGUCUAUGACAAUAAAUAACUUCAAUGCCAUACUGUGGAAAUGUAUCCAUGGAGAUGAGGUGGUUUUGAACCCUUCACCAGAAAAUAUACAUAGUGUACCUUGUGUUAGAUCUAGACUUUGGUGUAUUAGAACUCUCCAUUAUUUGGUUAAUGGGCCUUUAACAUGACAUAAGGUGAGAAUAUAUGUCCAAUAUGGCUGAUUCUUUUAUGUUUAGAAAUUGCACUUUUUUUGUGUAGUCACAACCCACGAAGGAUGAGAGAGUAUCAUUUUAGUGUUAUGAUUAUGAAAAGUAAUAGAUUUUUACAAGAUUGCAAUUAUUGAUACCAUGGGCCAAAGUCAAAGCUUGGCCAGUGAAAUAAAAACUAACUCCUUCAAUUAAUAAUUCAACAUUGAGCUCCACUAGAAUUAUUAGACCAGCUUUAUUAAUGCUAAUUGACAUAAGAGAGAUUUUUAUAUAGUUUCAUUAUACCAUAACAUAGAUAAUCUUAAUUGUACAAUCGAUUUUUCCUGACAUCCCUAAAGCUAACUCACUUUUAACUGUUAUUUCUAUCAUGCACGGCAAAAACAUUCAGAUGGAGAGGUGCGAGCUUUUCCUUAUUUUUUUUCCAUUACUUUUUGUAUGUAUUUCUUGUAUAUCGAGCCUUCAUUAUAAUGUUGUGCUUGUUAGUAUAGUAAACUUGCACUGACUCUUCUAUUUCACAGGAUGACUGUUUUGUGCUGCUAAUACUCGGAGCAACAACUUUCCAUAUGGUGUUGUCUAGCCAGUUUAAACAUGUGCCAGAAGUAGAAAUGCCAUUUUUGUGAACUUAUUUUUUUGUUAAUACAUAUUCAUUUAGAUUUCAUAUUAAUUAAAUGUAACUGGGUAUCCGACAUUACGCUAUGUUUUAAAAGCUGUGGCCUGUAGAAACUUUGGUAUUGAAUCAAAAUAAUUAUCUUAAACUGCAACACUUGGAUCUAUAGGGGUUAAAAUGACUUGAAUUCACAAUAUCCAUCAUGGUUUUAGAACUUUGUUGGUUUAAAGUUUUGAGAGUUUUAAAAAAUAGAUUUCAAGGUAUUUGUCACACUUCCUACUGCAGUUGGUGGAGUAGUUUUUUGUUUUGUUUUUUUCAGUUCAAUUUUCAUACACAAUUGGCAAAAUGUGUUUAAAAAUGAGAAAAACAAUAUCUUGCAACCAAUCAAAUUAGGUCCAACCAUUUAUCACAUAUGAACUAUUAAUUUAUUAAUAUUCAAAAUUCAUACAAGUAAACUGUGUAGAUUUUCCUUUUUUGCUCUAGGUGUCAGUAGUGAGUUUUGUAUGUUUUAUUCCAUAACUUUAUACAUAUCUGACAUAACCGAGAAUAAACACUGGCCACUGCUUUUAAAAAAUAUUAAUUUCAUCACAUUUUUACUUGUAUUGCUGCAUAAUAGUGCAUUUGUUCUAGCAAUAUAAAGUACUGUAAAUUACAGCUGACCAGUAGAUGCUAUGCCAACCACAGCAAAUGGAAAACUCUUGAAGGAGAAUGAACAUUUAUAGUUCAGGGAUUCUUUUUACAACAUUUUGUAAAAAAAAAACAACAAAAAAACACACAUGUACUGAAGUGAUGUAAUGUUCUUUGGUACUCAUUUUAUCUUUUAAGAUUACAAAAAGGAGGAGAGUGUCACUUGAGUUUUGAUGGAAAAGAGAGAAGGUGCACUUAACUUUUUUAUACUAAACUUAAAAUUUAAAAUGGUUUGGUUUAGAAUAAAGGUUAUUUUGAAAAAUUAGA